AUGGAGAAAGAACUUCGAGAACCGAGUCAAUUUAAGACGAUUACUAAGAAUUCUUUGAUCCAAAUCGUUACGAAUGUCAGCUACAAAUACGAAGGUACAGUUAUCGCAGUAAAUCCAAAGGAUCAGACCAUAUCUCUUCAAAAUGUCAAGUUCAUGGGUCGUGAUCCUCACGUUAAGGAUGCUAAUAGCGAUAAGGACUCCAAUCAACAACUACCUGAAAUUGGAUUCCAUAUUGAAACGGUUACAUUUUGGCUAGACAGUGUGAAAAAAGUUAUCAUCCUGAAAGAAGGGAAGUCAACUUGUGAGAUCGGUGACAACGCUGUUAAAGAACUAAGCGGAAAGAAUAUUUCACCUGUUAAAAAUACGAUGAUGCAUCGCAUUGAAGUUACAAGCUCGAACAGUGCUAUCCAUGAAAGUACCAAUGAUAGGCGACCUCGUAGACCGCUUGGCAAUACUCGAAGGGGACGGAAUCCAGAGCAACCGCGAACCACUUAUGUUCCUAACAUUACCAACCGCAACCGUUUCAACGGACCAUAUGAAUCAUCUAAUAUAAGAAACGAGACAGCUUAUACAAAGCCUACGCGAAACGGUGGUCUGGUUUUGUAUCUUCCUCCUAGUUUAACUUCACUCUAUCGUUCAAACGGCCUGAAUAUCAUGCCCCAAUCAAAUUGGAGAAGUCAAGGCAGAAGGAGGGGUAUUUCUGAAAGAAGGAAUCCAUCUUUAAGAAAUUCCAUGAUUCGUAGAAAUGAUUCUGAUGAUUAUUCUGAUAAGCCUUAUGACUUUGAAACAGCCAAUGCCGAAAUUGCUGGACAACUGGCUAAAUUGAGCCUUAAUUCUCCUACCUCAGAAGACAGAAUAUCUGCUGAAAAUAAUGUGAAAAACAAUGGUAAAAUAACUGAUAGUGGAGCCUCAGGUGAUUCUUCGACAAGCAUUACAAAUCCGGUGACAGAAUCUGAUGGAAUUCAAAGUUUGGCUAGUGGUGAGUAUUACAUCCGUGAGAAGAGUUUCUUUGACCAAAUCAGUCGUUCAGAGGGUGGACCAAGGGGUGGACCAGUAAAUCGUGGUCGAAACGAACGUGGACGUCCCAUUCGUGGCUUUAACAGAACUAGAAAUUUCGGUGUCAGGGGUAAUGCACGUCGUGAGCGUGAACUCAAUAUUGAGACAUUUGGCCAGCCGGGAAAUCGUACCUUCUACAACCAGAGAACUGGUUAUGUAUCUCGUGACUUACUAGUUUCGGCAACUGCAUGA